AUGAGCAAGGUGGAUGGGCAAGUAGACGCAGAUGCAGACGCGGCUGGAAGAGCUUCGGAGGGCGGUGGCGGCGGCGCAUCGGUCAAAUCCAAGUCCAACAUCGUCUCACCGUUGGAUCUCAGCACUUCCAAUUUCCCAUCGCUCUUGUACGCAGCUCAUCCCCUGCUGGAUUCCGGUCACACGACGUCGUACAAGGCGGAUGAGAGGUACUUUGCAGCGGAUCAUCACCUCACUCAUUUUUCCAGUCGAGGCGUCAUUCCAGCUUCUCCCCCAUCUGCCGAGUUUUCGGCAAGAGUCGGCCUUGGACCUAUAGCGAGCGCAUCUGCCGGUUCUGCCGAAGCUCCCGAUUCGCGCGGAAAUAGAGCUGCGCAGCAAUUGUUGGCAAAGGUGACGCCCUUGUCGGUGGAGGAGAUUGCGGGUCUGUUCAGACACGUGCUCGCCAUCGAUCGUGUGGUGCGUCAAACGGGCAAAGGCAAGAUACCCAAGAUGAGGGCUUUGGUCUUGGCUGGCAAUGGCAGAGGAUUGAUAGGCGUCGGAACGGCAAAGGAUGAAAUCGCCAAUAUGGCGGUGGACAAGGCUUUUAAGAAUGCCGUGACCAACAUGGAUUAUAUCGAUCGAUUCGAAGGAAGGACUGUACACGCUACGAUGGAGGCUAAAUGGGGAGCCACUCGAGUCACUCUGAGACCAAGACCGCCUGGUUUCGGUCUUCGCGUCCCACCUGCCGUGCACGCCUUUGCGCGCUGCGUAGGCAUUUCCGACCUCUCGGCAUCGAUCGAAGGUUCUACAAAUCGACAUGCGACGGUGUAUGCCCUGUUGAACGUGCUUGCAGGUGGACCUGGCAAUCCCAUCGGUAUGGGAGAUGGAUUGGGAGGCCCGGCUCGUAGAAUGGAUAAAGGUGUGGGAAUGAAACCUGUCAAGACGUUGGAGUGGGAGAGGGGAAGGAGAUUCAAGAGCGUACUGCAGUAG